GGUUCAUAAUAUGUGCCAAUACCUAUAAAGCCCGAGCGAGAGAGAUGCACUAAAGACAAACGGCUCAGACUGACAGAAGUUUCAAGAUUUCACUGCAUGUCAUCGAUAUUGUUUCAAAGUUUUGUUGAGAUAUCCAAGGAGCGCGUAAAGGGUGCCUUCGUUGCAUUGCGCAACUUUUGGAGGCGAUCCAUCAGGAAACCAUCACAUCGACCGUGGAUUUGUUCCUCCUUCGUUUUGGCUUGGUUUUUGUGGAAGAUGUUCGGGCACGAUUAUUGCCUCGUGUCUACGUUGUUGACGGCUGUAGGCGCCAUCGUACCCACACUGCUGUUGCUUGUGGUUACGCGGCUGCUGUGGGAAUUCAGGUGGAGCAUCACUCGGGAUCGGGCGUGUAAACUUCCACUACCGAAAGGAUCAAUGGGAUGGCCGCUGAUCGGAGAAUCCUUCCACUGGCUUUUCCAGGGAUCAAGCUUUCACAUCUCCAGGCGUGAAAAACAUGGAAAUGUUUUUAAAACUCAUCUUUUGGGAAAGCCUGUUAUCCGGGUGACGGGCGCAGAAAACAUUCGUAAGAUUCUGCUUGGUGAGCACACGCUCGUGUGCACGCAGUGGCCUCAGAGCACGCGCAUCAUCCUCGGGCCACACACUCUGGUAAACUCGGUUGGUGACCUCCACAGGAGGAAAAGAAAAAUCCUUUCAAAAGUGUUCAGCCGCGGGGCGCUCGAGACGUAUUUGACGCGGGUUCAAGACGUCGUCAAGUCUGAAAUUGCCAAGUGGUGCGCAGAGUCCGGCUCUGUGGAUGUUUACGCCGCUUCCAAGUCGCUCACCUUCCGCAUCGCGGUGCGGGUCCUGCUCGGUCUCCGUCUGGAAGAGCAGCGCAUCCUCUCUCUCUCGAAAACCUUUGAACAGCUCAUGAACAACCUGUUCUCUCUUCCAUUUGACAACCCCGUAAGCGGCCUGCGCAAGGGAAUCAGGGCUCGUGAGAUUUUGCAUUCUGCCAUGGAGAAGAUCAUAGAAGAGAAACUACAAAAACCGCAAGCCGAUGAUUACUGUGAUGCUUUCGACUAUAUCCUGAGUAGUGCAAGAGAAAAUGACUACGAACUCACAAUGCAAGAACUCAAGGAAACUGCGGUGGAGUUAAUCUUCGCUGCGCACUCCACCACAGCCAGCGCAUCCACGUCCCUCAUCCUGCAGCUCCUGCGCCAUCCAGAUGUGAGCGAGAGCGCAAGAGUCGAGCUGGAGAGCGAGGGCUUGAUCGCUGACUCGCACGGCUACUGCCGCUCGCGUUGCCAUGGCAACGUCAUCAAUGAGGAAAGCGAAGCGGCUGAGAGGAGUUUAGCGAAGAAUAAAACAACGUGCUUUGAAACGGCGGAAAAGGAGGAGGGGCGUCGCUCUCGGAUCCACGUCCCAUAUCUCAGUUUGGAAAAAAUGGGCCAGCUUUCUUACCUGGACUGUGUGGUCAAAGAAGUGAUCCGAUUUCUUCCCCCAGUGUCCGGGGGAUACAGGACCGUGUUGCAAACAUUUGAAUUGAAUGGUUAUCAGAUCCCGAAGGGGUGGAGCGUCAUGUACAGCAUCCGUGACACUCACGAGACCGCCGCCGCCUAUCAGAACCCGGAGCUCUUUGACCCGGACCGGUUCGGCGCUGAUCGAGAUGAGAGUAAAAACGAACGUUUCAGCUACGUGCCUUUCGGUGGCGGAGUGAGGAGCUGCAUCGGACGGGAGCUUGCUUUGAUCGUGCUGAAAACUCUUGCAGUGGAGUUGCUCGCCACGGCUGAGUGGAGUCUCGCGACGGAAACAUAUCCCAGAAUGCAGACCGUGCCGGUCGUGCAUCCGGUCAAUGGAUUGCACGUGUUUUUUAACUACAGAAACAACGGGAUCGAAAGAAACCGGAGGGAGUCGACUCAUAUAUAAGAAAAAUCUGUAAUUAGACACUUAGAAAUAUCUAACACAGUGUUUCUCAACCGGGGGGCCAAAACAAACUUCUAAGGGAGCCUCAAGAUGACUUCAAAUUACUUAAAAUUGAAAACAAGCUUUAAUAUAAGCUAAAACAACUAAAAAUCAAUAUACAUUUAAUGGUUAUGUAAGGCUUUCUGGUUAUGUCAAGCUUUGGAAUAUUUUAUAGGGUAGAAUUCGUGAUGGGUGUGGGGGGAGGCUAUAAAUACUGUUGUGGCAACCCAAUCUCAUGAAAUGCGUAUAAAGGCACGCAGUUUGACUAUCGUGCCAUACUUACGCCAAAUUCCAAUUUUGCGUGCAUAUGAUACGGCAGUCCUUCACGUUCACUUAUAUAGCACAUCUUUUCGUGUCAUUUUAUUUAUUGGUUUCUUAUUUGUUUUCUGUUUUAUAAACCAUUGUUUUCUUCUCAUUUGUUUUCUGUUUGAGGUAAGAUUUGGGGUUUGCUUUAGGAUGUCAUUUACAGUGUUGGGGUAACACAUUACAAGUAACGCGCAUUACAUAAUAAUAUUACUUUUCUGAAGUAACGAGUAAAGUAACGCAUUACUUUAUAAAUGUACACAUUAAUAUUUGAGUUACUUUUUUAAAAGAGGAAUGCGAGUUCUUUUUCAGUUUAAUUAAUUCAAUAAAAAAAUAAUGUACUGAAUUAAACCGAACUUAGUCACGUAGAAUUACAUUACCUGAGCGGCAACAGUUUGAGUCAGAAAUGGAGAUAGCUUGAGAUUUUUGCGAGCAUAAAAACACCUGCAAGGCCUGAAAGAGAUCAAGCCUCAGCCAAGUAAGAAAACGUAACUUAAAAGUAACGUAAGCAUUACUUUCCGUGAAAAGUAACUAAGUAACGCAAUUAGUUACUUUUUUGGGGAGUAACUUAAUAUUGUAAUGCAUUACUUUUAAAAGUAACUUUCCCCAACACUGGUCACUUAAUAUAUACGUUUCUCCAUGCUUUGUCUACUUUUAAACCAUGGUUGCUUGGAGUUGGGGUUAGAAUUGGGGUUUGGUUUAGAAUGUCAUUUUAUGUUAC